CUUUCGUUCGCCGUGCGUUGUGGACCGUUGCGUUUUUGUUGUACACAUAUCAAAUUUCAACACGAAAUUUUUGAUAUCGUCGUAUUGUGUUUAGUGCAAAAGUUCGCGGGUUCAUUGGUAAUUUUUGCAAGUUAUUAUUUUGUGCUUGUUCAGUUAUAGUGUUUUAUUUUGCUUAGUGAAUGCAACAGUUUUAACAAAAUGUAGAUAGAAAAAGUAGGUUGCGUCUACUUUUACUAAAAGUACGAUGUCUGUUGACCAGGCGUCACCAUUGGUGCCUAUCAAGCCUCAGAUCGCGUUGCAGAACAGCUCGUUCAUAAAGAAUAGCCAUAACCGAAGUAGUUUUUGUGGUGCAACACCGUCUCCGACGAAUGGAAAUAGAACGUUUAAAACUUUCGCCGUAAAUCGAAAGAGUUGGAGUGGAAACGUAACUCUUCCACUUCAGCAGUUUUCGCUGGAAGAGCCUCCGCAGCUGGGCACAUUUCGCUCUAGCACAGGAACUUUUCCGAGGAACCGGGAGCGAAACAAUAAUACUUCGAACGGAAUAUUAACACCUAACGGGAACUCAGUGCAGACGCUUAAAGGAAAUGAAGUGAGGAGGAGCGGAUGCUCUAACGGCCGCCGCUACGCCGAGAUCGGAAACUGGAAUAAAAGAAAUGCAACAUUCCUCGAACCACACUUGCAAGGCGUAAGGCGCCGGGAUAGUCGGAGUUCCGACUCUGAUCACGAUGAGCGAUCGACUGAAGAUGACGAAAGAUCUCUCAUCAGAAGUUCCCCGCGCACACGGCUGCCACCGCCCCCACCCCCGCCCCCUGACGAUGAGCCGCCGCCGAUGAAGCCUCGAGAAUUCUUCGAAAGACUACAGAGUCAAGCAAUGAGAGAGGCGCAGGAUAGAAAGCAGAGACGAGAUUUGGCUAUCAAAGAGGCGAAUCAACUCUUUCGACCUUUGGACACUGAUGGCAGUUUGGGAGACAGCCUGAGCCAGAGCCGGGAAAGUUUAUCAUCAGAUGGCGAAGGUGCAAAAGGAGACUGCUCAUCCGUCGGAUCCUCAGGGUCUGACUCUGAAGAACAACCACCAUGUGACAUCGGCUUGCUGGAGAGACUUAUUCGGACCCAUCCGGUCUGGUUCCUUCCUGGGAUCCAACGAGCUGGAGCCUUUCAUCUAUUGCAGGGGAAGGAAGAAGGAAACUUCGUGGUGCGCCAGUCGAGCCAGCCGGAUACAAUGGCAAUAAGCGUCCGCCUGCCAGCUGACAAGGGUCCUUACAUCGAACACUACCUCAUUCAGGCCUCGGGCGGUCGCAUCGGCCUCGAGACCUCGCACAACAGAUUUGACAACAUCCCCGAAUUGAUUGCGCAUUAUUCACAAUGUUGUGAUGAGUUACCAGUGCAAUUACAACUGCCAAGGCCUCUCAGAGAAGCAAAGAGUAGGCACCAGUUAAGCUCCUUAGCUCUGCUUGGACAAGAAUUCUGGGGCUACCCAAUGGCGAAUCCAAAGAAUAAUCCGAAUAAUCUACUGUCGCCAUGUCAGCUUGCUAAUGGCGUCGUGCCAAUGGCUGUCACACCCUCGGAUACAGGAUCUAGUCUUAGCAGUUUUAAUGCGAAUACGAGCCACAACUCAAAGGAGCAUAUAUUUAGCUCCGAUAAGGAGCAGAACGUUGUUUUAAAAAUGUCUCCAGUUGAGACAUCUGGCUCCCCUCCAAGCCAAAGCCAAAGCCUGAGCACAUUUAAAGGGAAAAAUGCUCCAUCACCACCGGCUAAACCAAGCGGAACAUUUGUACGAGCACCACGCCCCACCCCACCUAACACAUUAAAUCUUAUGUCUAGUACGGCACACAUAACACAACCUCACACAUUUCCUACAACGAAUCCACCGCAACUGUCACCAACACAAACUCACAGUAUUAAAUCCACUCCACCCCCGCCUCCACCGAGGUGGGCUAAACCUUUCUCAAAGAUCUCCUUAUCUCCUAAAUCAGAAGCUCUAUUCAGUCCAAUUAAUAAAGUCUCAAAUGGAAAUAUAACCGUCACAACGACGGUUACAUUCAGCGUCAAUAACACACAAAUACAUAACCACCAAAUAAAUGAGAAUAUUCAGAGUGAUCGAUUGCAACUAACGCUUGCGUCUAAUUCAAACAAUAAUACGAAUGUGUUCAGUAUAGACACAGGGAAACUUAAUGAGCCUAAUGGAGAUCAGAACAUGUUGCAUCGAUUAUCGCCAGAGGGGGAAUGUAUAAGUACAAUGACAGCUAGUUUACACGGAAGCUUUAAAAGACAGAUAGCUGAACAAAACAAUACCGAGCCCGAAUCGCCAAAUGAACAAUCUCAGACAAACACUUCUGAAUCAAUUGAUCCCGUUGUUAACACGUGCACUAAAUCCACGAAUAGCUUCGCUCCUAAUCACCUAGUGUCGCCGAACGGUACUAAUUCUGUCACCAGUGGCAUAUUUUCUCCAACAAGUCAAAUAAAUUCACCCGUUUCUAAUGAUACAAUUUCUUCAAAAAGCGGUGUUUUUUCACCUCUCAGUCAAACUAACAAGAGCGAAGUAUUUUCUCCUAUAUCGAGGUCUUCUCCUGUUUCUAAUAAAAAUGUCUUCUCACCAAUAUCAAAUCAAUCAAUUCUAUCACCAAUUAGUGGUAGAGAAAAGUUGUUAUCUCCAAAUUCAAACACGACAAGUACAACGCCAUCUGGUAGAUCAAGAAGAAGUAAACACUCCCUUCGAAAGGAGUCCAGACAUUAUCAGGAGUCUGAUAUCCUAGAAUCGCCGGGAGUAUACUAUCGUAGUUCAUUAAUCGAUAAAGUAAGUGACUACGAAGACAUCUGGGGACCCGAGGGUAACAAUUGCACCACAUUCAAACCUCUGAAGUCUGAAACUGAUAAUAAUGUAAACAAUGGGUUAAUGAAAAGUAAAAGACCGGACUUGCUCCCCGAUACACUGCCUAAACUAAAUAAUGCUAAGAGUACACAAUCCGUUCUGGAAAAAGAAAACAUGAUCUUACUUAAUUCUUCAGAAAGCUUAAAUGAAAAGAAAAAUCUCUCCGAUAACUCUCUCAAAAAGAGUUUCAAUGGCUCAAGUGAAAUAAUAGCCACAACAAAUAGCAAAGGUGACGUUGUUGCAAAAAGACCAGACAAGUUAAAUAUUGUACUGAAUAUGAAUAAGAAAUUGACUGAAGAAAUUGAAGCUGCUUUAAAAAACAGGGACAAUCAUAAUGCUGAAAGCAUGGAGACUGUUAAGCUAGAAGACGAUUGUUUGAAAGAUUGUAAUGGUGAAGAUUCAGAAAAAGAUAAUGCUGGGAGCCCUUUUUACGCUGAUCCUGUUGAUGCAUUAAAAGAGGCUGCAAUGUUACCAGUAACAAGACGAAAAUUAUUAAGGGUUGGUGUGAGUCUCUCACAGAGAUAUUCGGAGCCUCCAAGCCAGAACCAUCCUUACUACCCGCUCCGUGAUAUGCAAAGCAUAGAAGAACUCUCACCGUCAUCUCCGAAUACAUCAACAUCUGUGGACAAUUUGGUGUCACUUAGAAGUAAGCCCAAAAUGAAGCCGGUGGAGCCGCCUCGAGUUGGAGGCAAACCACCAGCAGGCAAGAAUGAACAGACCUGGGCUGUUGAUUCCAGCUGGCAGUUUAUUAAUAAGAAUGAUGAGUGUUCAAACAGUGAAAAUGGCACUUUUCCUUCGCUGGCGGAACAAGAAACUCGCUUGAGUGGUGUCGAUGAUGGAGGCCAUCAUCUGACAGUACAUCAAGUUGUUGCACAAAGGUUCCCAGAACUGCGUCUAACAUCAGAUCCUACGGCACUUCCCGAAGAAGUGCGUUCACCCCCGCGUGCCUCCUGCUACGACAACGUUCACGAUCUCAGACCUCUAUCAGAACAGGCAAGCGACGAUGGCACAGUUUUUUCGGAGCCAUGGGAUAGCUCGCAGUGGGAUGGCCUCUUACCACAUAAUGGACAACAAAAUUACGAACCUGAGGAACCAUCUGAGUGGGAAUCCCCCAUCCCUCGGAGAGGUCCUGCCGCCGCGACUCGCGCCAAGAGCUUCAGGGAUAGACUUGAUCCCUUAUUAGCAGCAGCCGGCCGAGUGAGGGCGCUUCGUGGCGGUCGAACGUCGCGCGGCGCAGGCGCAGCACUGCGAGCCUACGCGUUGCACCUUGCACAGGAUAAGAGCACCACUUUUGCACAAAACGUUGACAACUUUAUUGCUUGCACACUGGAUUCCAAAGAAACUUGCCCACAGAUUAUGAUGCGAAACAUGAGACAGUUUAUGUCUGGAAUGAAGAAUUACCUCGUGAAACAUGGUGAGAGAGAGUUCGAGAAAGAAGUUGAAAAGGAGAGACUUAAGUUAAAACCAACGGAGUUUUUGAACAUCGACGCAAUACUAGAAGGUGUAAUGCAUCGACUGGUGGUGAGACCGUUGCGAUCAAAACUGUAUACAUUGCUGGCUUCGUGGCACGCAGCGGACGUGCGCCAGUUGCACGCAGCAAUCGAACGUGCGCAACACGCCACGCCGUUGCAGCUUGGAGUGAAGGAGUCUACCAAAGUACCGUCGCCAGCUGUGCUGGCCGUAAUUUCUAAACAUUUCCUGAAAAUGCAAGAAGCAGAUUCUCCAUUAGACAAAUUAGAAAAUCUCCUUGCUGCCAUAUCUGUUAUGUUUAAUGCGAUACGUGGAGAGCGCACACUGGGUGCUGACGAUCUGCUCCCAGUAUUAGCGUGGACAGUGGCUCGAUGUCGACUGUUUUGUGCGGAGUUAGAAGCAGAACUGAUGGCCGGGCUCCUCCCGGCCGCGCUGUUGGCUGGUGAGGGUGGGUACUACCUCACCGCGCUGUUCUCUGCUGUCGCUGUACUGAAGAGACUGGCGCCUGAACCUGGUCCGGAUAGUUCUGCUCCUUGGCGCCGCGGGUCCGCGGAGGGCGCGCGCGAGUGCGGCGUGGCGGUGGUGCGCGUGGCGCUGCCGGACGAGUGCCGCGGCUCGAUCCGGCGCGUGGCGCUGCCGUGCCGGCCCGGCGCGCGCGCCCGCGACCUGUGCCGCGCGCUCGCGCACGCCGCCGCCAUCACCAACCCGCAGGACUACGCGCUCUUUGCGCUGCACGAUGGACAGGAAACGAUGCUGAACGAAAAUGACUGCCCUCAAGAAGUUAUGUCCGAGAAAAGUGGACAGAACUUCAUAUUGGCGUACAAGAGAAUAGAUGCGAAAAUCGCAUGGCCGCAGCAGGCGCUACUUUCAUACCCGUAAACAAAUUAGACGCUAGAUUUAGCUGAAAUCUCACUUAUGAAACUGAAUUUAAGUAAACGUAAGACAAACUUGUAACAGAUCUUUCAUCUUGCUCAUUAUUCAUUAGUGUAAACGGGAUAUAAAAUUCUAUUUUUAUCAUCGAAAAUGAAACGAUAUUUUCUACGAUAUUAGUCACUUCAUAACUACUAUUAUAGCUUAGAAGACAAACUUUUGCUCUUAAUCAUUUUAUACCCAUUUAAUAACGUAGCUUUUAUACGUAAUUAAUAUGUAACGUUUUGUAUAACGUGACUGAAAAUUUCAGCGCUAAUUUGUAUAUUUCGUAAUAGAGUUUUUUUUCGUAGCUUACAUUUCGUAAUCCUUACCAUAAGUAACCAAUUCAGUUAUUUUAUUUUAUAGUCAGAACCUUAUGAAGGUUAUCAUCGGGUGUACGUAUGUAUAUGUUCCUAAAAUUCGAAGUACCCUGAACAAACUCACCAAAUUUUUAGCUUAUAAAUAUUAGUACUUUAAAACUUUCGAUUUCUAAAAGAUUUUCACUUCUGUCGGUAUUCUAAUGUUUAACGCUGACUUGUUUAUUGAACUGUGAUGUAAUUUGUAUUAGUAACGUAAGAUUUGUAUUAAUUUUGUAUAUUCUUAGAGUUCUUAAUAUAAUUUAUUUAUAUUUAGCUUAUAAAUGUACGACUCAGUGCGAAAUGGGGGAUGAAUGAAUAUUGGCAUUGAUCUUAUCGAUUCUUAAAAUCUCUCCAUCAUUUUAAGUGGCGUUCAAAUACGUCAAACUUUAUUCAUCAAAAUGUUUUAAAAUAAGUUUCUGCUAAAUGAAAUAGAUCUUUUUAUUUUAAAUUUUAUGUAUAUUUUUAUAUAAUUAUAAGUUACGCUUUGUUAAUAAAAUUAAAAUAAAUUUAACCCCCUAAACAUAAUCCUAGUCACAUAUGUUUUAUUAACUUAUUUUUCGUUGUUCAAAGUAGUAUAAUAAUUUACGUAUUUAUAACUUCUUUGCCAAUAACGUUUGCUUGUCUUGUGAAAGAAGAUAUCGUGUAUACGAGGCUUAAUUAUUUGCUCUGAAAUAAAUAAAUUGAUUAAUUAACAUUGUAUAGUACUUAGUUUAUACAGUACUUUCUUAGCCGCAAAAUAGUAUUACACUGUGGUUUUUUCGAUGUAACAAAAUUUAUGCAUGGAAGCGGACACUGCCUUCGAUUAUUUUAAGUGUAGAUAAUUAUUUUAGCGUGCAUAUUAUGUUAAUUAAGUUAAUGUGAGAAAAUAUUGAUUCUUCAGGUAUUUUUCGUUCAGUUUUAAUUAAUUAUUAUUCGCAAAAAAACUACGGUGUAAUCUAUGUGUAUUUAUUACCUUCAGUCUUGUAUUUUAAAGUAAGUUGUAACACGUAUAUUGUGUUUUCAUAACAAUUUCAGUCAUUGUGAAAAUUAAACGGAUUUUUACCAA